AUGAAGUUCCUACUCCUUGCUCUUGUUUGUCUCCAGCUCUCUGAGGGGAUUGUUAAAGUCCCCCUGAAGAGAUUCAAGUCUAUGAGAGAGGUAAUGGGAGAACAUGGAAUCAAAGCUCCAGUGGUGGAUCCCGCUUCAAAAUACUACAAUGGAUUUGCCACUGCUUUUGAACCAUUGGCAAACUACAUGGACAUGUCUUACUAUGGAGAGAUUAGCAUUGGGACCCCACCACAGAACUUCCUGGUUCUCUUUGACACUGGAUCUUCCAACCUGUGGGUAGCUUCAACCUACUGUCAAAGCCAGGCCUGCACCAACCACCCACUCUUCAACCCCAGCCAGUCCUCAACUUACACUUCAAACCAGCAGCAAUUUUCCCUGCAGUACGGAACUGGCAGCCUUACCGGGAUCUUGGGAUAUGACACAGUGUCGAUCCAAAAUAUUGCCAUCUCUAGCCAGGAAUUUGGCCUGAGUGUGACAGAGCCUGGAACCAACUUUGUAUAUGCUCAGUUUGAUGGCAUCUUGGGUCUGGCUUAUCCUUCCAUCGCUGAGGGAGGAGCUACAACUGUAAUGCAGGGAAUGCUGCAGCAAAACCUCCUGAAUCAGCCCAUUUUUGCAUUUUACUUGAGCGGACAAGAGAGCACUCAAAAUGGUGGUGAAGUGGCUUUUGGAGGAGUUGACCAGAACUACUACUCAGGACAAAUCUACUGGACCCCAGUUACAUCAGAAACUUACUGGCAGAUUGGAAUCCAAGGGUUCGCUGUUAAUGGACAAGCUACUGGCUGGUGCAGCCAAGGAUGUCAGGGUAUUGUGGACACUGGUACUUCUCUGUUGACUGCUCCUCAGCAAAUCUUCUCUAGCCUAAUGCAAUACAUUGGUGCCCAACAGGAUCAGAAUGGACAGUAUGCAGUGAGCUGCAGUAACAUCCAGAGCCUGCCCACACUCAGUUUCACCAUCAGUGGUACUUCUUUCCCCCUGCCACCAUCUGCCUAUGUACUUCAGCAAAACAGUGGAUACUGCACCAUUGGUAUUAUGCCCACCUACCUGCCCUCUCAGAAUGGCCAACCUCUCUGGAUUUUGGGUGAUGUCUUCCUUCGGCAGUACUAUUCUGUCUACGAUCUUGGCAACAACCAAGUGGGCUUUGCUGCUGCUGCAUAA